CGACGGAGAUAGAGCGACCGGACGCGCGCAGAACAUCCAUGGCGUUGCCCUGCUUGCAGACCACCCUCCGUGCGUCGUCGUCGUCGCGGUCGACGACUUCGGCGAUGCACGCCUGUCGACGACUCCUGCUGCCGGUCGGCGGCGUCGACCUCGACAACAAGCACGGGCCGCCGUCUCCGUGUCCGUUCUUCGCCUGGCGACGCUCGUACAAGACGACCAAGUACGGGGGCCGCUUCUUCGUGACCAUGCUGCCCGGUCACGGCAUCGGGCCCGAGAUGAUGAACCACGUCGAGACCGUCUUCUUCCACGGAAAGGUCCCGGUGGACUUCGAGAAAGUCGUGGUGGCCACGGACGCGGAGGACGCAUCCUCCAUGGACUACGCCAUCACGUCCAUCCGGCGCACGGGCGUCGCCAUCAAGGGCAACGUGGAAACGCGCUCGUACAGUCCGGCAGUCGAACCGCGCAACCUGUUGCUGCGCAACAAGCUCGGUCUCUACGUGAACGUGGUCCACUGCCGCAACCACCCGGGCAUCAAGACGCGCCACCCGAACGUCGACGUGGCCAUCAUUCGACAGAACACCGAGGGCGAGUACAGCUGCCUCGAGCACGAGGUCACCCCGGGUGUCGUGGAGAGCCUCAAGAUCAUCACGCUAGCCAAGAGCGAGCAGAUCGCGCGCUAUGGCUUCGAGUAUGCGCGCUCCCGGCGCCGCAAGAAGGUCACCGUGGUGCACAAGGCCAACAUCAUGAAGCUCUCGGACGGCCUCUUCCUGGAGACUUGCCGACGGGUGGCCCAGGACUACCCCGACAUUAAGAUGAACGACAUGAUCGUCGACAACUGCUCGAUGCAGCUCGUCUCCAACCCGUCCCAGUUCGACGUCGUCCUGGUGCCCAACCUGUACGGCAACAUCGUAGUCAACCUGACGUGUGGCCUGGUCGGCGGAGCGGGCGUCACGUCGGGGCGCAACUACGGCGACGACUACGCCGUCUUCGAGACGGCGACCCGCAACACGGGCACGCCUCUGGUCGGCAAGAACCUGGCCAAUCCGGUGGCCACGCUUUACGCGGCGGUGGACAUGCUCAAGCAUCUGGGACUCAUGAGUCACGCGUACGUCAUCCGCGACGCCAUCCUCAAGACGAUCAACGUGCACAAGGUGCACACGCGGGACAUCGGCGGCACGGCGUCCACCACGGACGUCGUGCAGGCCAUCAUCGACGAAGUGCGCAAGAACACCCGUUAGGUGCGUGGGGCUGUGGUGUUGGGAGGAUGAUGAUGCGCGUGCGAAAGGAUUAAAUGGUUACAUUCGUUUUA